ACCAAUAUAGACAAGGGAAAGUGGAAAACGAGAAAAGAAAAAAAUCAAUCACUAUAAAUACACUACUUCACCUGUUUACACAUAUUCUGUCUUUAGGUGUUUUUUUUCUAGAGUUUUUAAUUUCUUCCUCUCGAUUUCCCUUAAAGUCACAGUCAAUCAAUGGCAUCAUCAUCAGCAGCAACGGAGCAGAAAAAAAUGUUGAUAUUGAAAUCCUCCGACGGCGAAGAAUUUGAAUUGGAAGAAUCCGUCGCCGUUCAAUGUGGAACCAUCAAAAACAUGGUGGAGGAAGAUUUCAGCCAUAUCCCGCUUCCAAACGUUGAUGCCAAAACCCUAAGCAAAAUUAUGGAAUACAUGAAGAAGCACGCCGAGACUGAUUCGAACGAAGAAGAAAUCAAAGAUUUUGACAAGAAAUUCGUGCAAGGUACCAUCAACGACUUGUUUGAACUUGUACUGGCAGCAAAUUACCUUCACAAUAGUGGUUUGAUGGAUCUGUUGUGCCGGUCGAUUGCCGAUAGAAUUAAGGACAAGUCGGUAAAAGCUGUUCGGGAGAUAUUCAAUGUCACUAGUGAUUACACACCAAAGGAAGAAGCAGAGGUUCGUAAGGAACAUCUAUGGGCGCAUGAAGAAGGAGAAUUUGACGAAUCUCUUGAUUAGAUUAAUUUGUGUUUAUGUUUCUAGGUUUCAAUAAUUAGGGUUUUUAAUUAGUUUCUCGAAACUUCUAUGCUUAUUAUGGUUUUUAAUUGCUUAAUAUUAUAUAGAUUGACUCCUGGAUUCAAGUUU